AUGAUUUUUAAACUACCGUUGAUUCUUUUGAAAUUAUAUAUUAUAUCAUUUAUAAUUUGGAUUUUCCAAACCACUAUUCUUCCACAAACAUUAACUAAGUUAACUAAUGUAUCCAUCAAAACUCAAAACUUCCACCAUCAUUAUCCAUAUACUUCAAUAGUAACUACUCCUAAAAAUUCCAAUUCUAUUAAUACUAUAACUAAUUCAAAUAUAACAUAUAUUAUAGCUCAUCCUGAUGAUGAAGUGAUGUUUUUCGCUCCAUCAAUAAUUGAACUAAAGAAGGCAAAAUAUAAUAAUCAAAUCAAUUUAAUUUGUUUUUCUAAAGGGAAUUAUAUUAAAUCAAUGGAUGAAAUUCGUCAAUCGGAAUUGAUUCAAUCUAGUCGAAUUUUAGGAAUUGAUCAAGUUUCGAUAUUUGAUUAUCAAGAUGGAAUGAAUGAAACUUGGCAAUUAAAUGACAUCGUUCAAAGUUUACAUGAAAAUUUAUCUCCUCCAAUCAACAACAACAACAAUCAAAAACAAUCAGUAUUGAUUACAUUUGAUGAUCAAGGAGUUUCAAAUCAUCCUAAUCAUAUUUCAUUAUUUCAUGGUACUAAAAAAUAUAUUCAAGAUUUACGGAAACUGGAAAACAAGAAUAAAACCAGAAUAAAAACUAUUACUAAUCAAAAUGACAUUGAUAGUUCAAUUUCAACUAAAUUUUAUGUUCUUAAAAGUUUGAAUUUUUUCGAGAAAUAUAGUUUUACAUUACUUGGUAAUAUUGAAAUUUUAUUCAAUUAUAUUUCAUUAUUGAUUAAAAAAUUUAUAAAUAUUAAUAUUAAUGUUAGUUUUUUCAGUAAUCAAAUUAAAUCAAAACUUGAUACUAACAAUUUACAAUUACAAAAUCUUAAUGAUAUUAGAUUUUAUUCUGAUUUAAACAUGCUUAGUUUAAGUUAUGCUGCCAUGGCUUAUGGACAUUUCAGUCAAAUGGUUUGGUUUAGAUACGCUUGGUUAUUAUUAAGUAGAUAUCUUACAUAUAAUCACCUCAUAGAACAAUAA